AUGGCCGGGCGGGGCAGGAAGGGGCGGCUCCGCCUUGCCCAGAGCGCCGGGAGAGGGGGCAGGAGGCUCCCGGGGCGCGGGGGGAGGGUGAUUGCACCGGGAAGCGGAGCCUUAGAGGCCUCCGGAAGGAAUCCGGUCGCAAACGCUUCUAAUCCCUUCGGGGAGGAAGUUUUUGUUCCUGGCUACGACGUGGCAUCUUUUUAUCCUCCUUCAUCACGUCUUUUGCCGCGCGUCUUAAACCUCCGCUCAGCCCCGCGGCUGCUGGCGUCGCCGGGAGCGUGUGGGGGGCGGUGCUCAGAGCAGCGGUCAGUGGGAGUGAUGGAGAUCUGCGACAGUGGUGUCCCUCGGGGGCCCGUACUGGGAACAGGGCUGUUUAGUAGCUUCAUCAAUGAUAUUGACAGAGGCAGGAACACAUUUCGUCUCCUGAAAGCUCUCUGCAGCAACGGUCUGAUAGAGGAGAUCAGAUGGGCUUACGUGGGAUCCAAUGCAGGAACUAACAUCGCUACCAUCAGCAACAACACUAUCAAUGAGGUACCACUCGUUUAUCCACCUUUCCUGUAGGCCUUGGAUUUAGCUCCUUUUAAUAUUAACUGCCACUACGUUAAAAGCACUCACACGGGUGAGACAAGAGAGGAAACAAUUCGUCAAUAUCAUGAAGAACCAAACAUCCCUUCAGUUCUGGGCUUGAGGGAAGGAGUGAUGCUGCUAGUGGAAGGAGACAAAGCCACCUUGCAAGGUGCGACGAAAGCAUGUCUGUUUGUGAGGGGUGAAAAAACAACUGAACAUGAGCUUGGCACAGAUUUCAGUUUACUCCUGGUUGACAGUAAUCUCCAGAACCUGUAG